AUGGGGGCCUUUCCGGGCGCCCAGCUACGCCGCUGCUGCUCUCCAGGAGAGGUGGCACCCACCGUGCUCUCCAACGGAGACCAGAGUCACAAACUUGGAAAUAACCUGCCAGAGAAAGACCUCAGUGAGCCCAAGGUGGGGAUUGCCACACCGACCGUGUCCAUGCUCGAAAGCAGCUUCAGAGAGACGGCCAAGGGUUCCGAGCAGCAUAGAUUUUUUCUUGACUUAAAGAUGCCAGCAUUUCACCCCAAGCAGGAGGUGCCCAGCACUGUUGACCGGGUCGAUUUUCCUCCAAGCAUGGAAAUGACCAGCCUGCAGCUCACCUUGGACGGCCAGGCUGGGCACUCACAAGAAAAGCUGUCUGCUUUGCACAAGGAGCACGGCGGGGCAGGAAAGCGGGCAUCCGCCCCUGACCUGGUCCCUCUGGACUUGAGCAUGAGGUCGAGCCGAGACGACCCCAGCAGCAAGGAAGCGUGCUCCCCGCAGGCGGCCCUGGUCAUUCACCCGUGUCCUUACUGUAACCACAAGACCUACUACCCUGAGGUCCUGUGGAUGCACAAGCGCAUCUGGCACAGGGUCAGCUGUAGCUCUGUGGCGCCUCCUUGGACUCAGCCUAACGGCCAUAGGAGCAUCCGCAGCAGCUUGGUUUUCCUUGCUCGCAGUGGGCGCACAGGCCCCCCGCCUGCUCUUGGGGGCAAAGAGUGCCAGCCCCUGCUCCUUGCUCGCUUUACCCGCACCCAGGUGCCAGGCGGGGUACCAGGGUCAAAGAGCAACCCUUCUCCCCUUGGGGUGACCACAAAAGCCGCUAGCAUGCCUAAGAAUAAGGAGAGCCAUUCCGGGGCCCCCUGUGCUCUGUGGGCCUCUGGCCCCGAUGGAUAUCGACAGACCAGAGCUGGCCAUGGCCAGGAGCCUUCCAGUGCUACGGUGCAGGGACCCCUGGCCAAACCCAAACAGGAGGCCAGCUCCAAGUUGGCACCUUCCCCAGGCGGCGGGGGUCUCAGCAGAAGUGCCACCCCCACACCCUCGGUCAUAACCCGUGUUGGUGCCCAGCCCUCAGCCAAUAGCAAGCCCUCGGAGAAACUCGGGGUCCCUGCGGUGGGUGCUGGCUUUGCCCCUCCGAAUAAGCACAGUGCCCCAGACUCUCUCAAAGCCAAAUUCAGCCCUCAGCCUCAGGGUCAGCCUCCUGUGAAAGGUGAAGGAGGCUCUCCUCUACCUCCCCGAGAAGCCCCCGUGAAGGCAGCCCAGGAGCUGAGAACACUAGCCACCUGUGCAGCGGGGUCCAGAGGGGAUGUGGCCUCUCAGGCUCCACCUGGCGCAUCCCCCACCUUACACUCCAUCAAGUCGGAGCCAGCAGUUGAGGGGCAGGAGAAGCGCGUGGACAUCCUCAGUAUCUUUAAGACGUACAUUCCAAAGGACUUCGCCACACUCUACCCGGGCUGGGGUGUCAGCAGCCCCGGGCCUGAGCACAGAGGGACACCGCGGACACAGGCCCGCCAGGGAGACUUUGUCUGUGUGGAGUGCGGCAAGAGUUUCCACCAGCCCAGUCAACUCAGGGCCCACCUUCGGGCACACACAGCGGUGUUUGAGUGUGACGGUCCACGAGGUUCUGAAGUUCACACAGCCUCCACGGAUGCCCCCAAACAAGGGAGAGACCACACUACCCCAGGGACUGUGCCGGCGGGACCCCUCCGAAAGGGGACCUAGAGACACGCCUCCCGCGCUCAGCCCCGUGAAGGUGUGGACUGUGGCCUCACAGGUGACUGGAAGGCUCCCAGCAGUGACCAUGG